AUGAAUUCGAACAACUGGCUUUCAUUUCCUCUUUCUCCUACUCACGCCUCUUUACCACCCCAUCUUCACUCAUCCCAGGCUCACCAAUUUUCUCUAGGGUUAGUGAAUGACAACAUGGAUAACAUGAAUCCCUUCCAAAACCAAGAGUGGAAUCUGAUUAAUAGCCACGGAAGCAGUGAAGUCCCAAAGGUGGCUGAUUUCCUUGGCGUGAGCAAAUCAGAAAACCAGGCGGAUCUAGUGGCCUACAACGAAAUUGAUCAGGCAAAUCAUGAUUCUGAUUAUCUUUUCCCAAACAACAUGAGUUUAGUCCCGGUAGUGCAGCAAAGUAGUGCUCUUGCAGCCGCCUCUAGCAGUGCUAAUUACGAUCUUCAAGAAAAUCCCACCAAUAAUCUUCAGUCAUUGACACUGUCCAUGGGCAGUAGUGGCAAAAGCUCAACCUGCGAAACUAGCGGAGAUAAUAGCACUAAUACAGUGCAGGAAUCGGUUCCAAGAAGGACUUUGGACACGUUUGGACAAAGAACUUCAAUUUAUCGCGGUGUCACACGGCAUAGAUGGACAGGAAGGUAUGAAGCUCAUCUUUGGGACAAUAGUUGUAGAAGGGAAGGGCAAUCAAGGAAAGGCCGACAAGUUUUGAACGUGAUGGUUAGAGCAUACAGACAGGAGUACACAUACAGGCACCCAUGGGAGCGGGUAACUUCUGCAUCUUGGCGCAAGUUUGCCGACCCUGAGAAUAAACGAACGCUAUCGCACAUCCUUGAAGUUGAUACUUUGAACCACAAGCUUGACCCUGAUUCUGGAAAACUUUAUACUACUCGUGCAAUCACUAUUCAUGCCCCUGGACCGUGGUUCAUUCACAAAAUUGUCGGCCAGGAUAUCUGCCACUGCGUUGAGUCAACUGUUGUUGAUGGGCAAUCACGUUCAAUGCAAUUGACAACCCGUAAUAUCAGUCUUCAGAAGUUCAUAGAAGUGGAGGAGAAGAUACGUUACGAUCCACACCCGGAUAAUCCUGAUAAGUGGGCAAUCUGUCGGCAGCAGACUAGCAUUCGGAUAAAGCCAUUGUCAGCACUGGCGUCAAUGGCAGAAAAGGUGGAGCAGCGGUGUGCUGAGAAGUUCGUGCAAAACAGCGCCAAGGGUAGAGAGGUCAUGGAGAGAAUCUGCAAGUAUCUUGAGGCUGAAUCAAGUGGAAUUUCUCUCUGACGCCAACUAAUUUAUUUCUUUUUACCUUUGUAGUCUUAGAUCUUAGAGGCUGUAUGCCCUUCCAGCUUAGUGGAAUAACAAAAGCAUUUUGGAGUCUAAACCAUAGAGGACUUGAUAUGUUAUGGGUUUUGAAAUCAGUUUUCCAUGCAAUUUCCUAGUUGUUCUUGUUUUUCUAAUAAGAAAGACUGGUUAAAGUUGGGAGAUCUGCAUCGUUUAGUUUGCCGAUUCGAGUUUAAAUUCGAGUUGAGAUGUGACUUUAUGUGAGAGCUUUUA